CACAACACCUUGAACAAUUUCAUCACAGCGCAACAGUCAAGAUGGCGUGGCGCAAUCAAGGCAUAACAGGUUCGAACAAUAUUCCUCUCGGAACACGUCGUCGGUUUGGAGGCGAAGGCAACGGUGACUCGCAGAAUGGAAGCUCCGCCGACUCUCCUGCGUAUGGAGACUCAGGCAAGCGUGGGCGUAGUCCUACCAGAGCCGAGCCUGCUGCCGAUGGCGUGAAGAGACGUAGGAAGCGAAAUCGCUGGGGUGAGGCUGGCGAGAACAAAGCUGCAGGCCUCAUGGGACUUCCUACCAUGAUUCAAGCAAACAUGACAGCAGAGCAACUUGACGCGUACACGCUUCACUUGCGUAUCGAAGAGAUCAGUCAAAAGCUUCGUAUCAACGAUGUUGUCCCUGCGGAGGCAGACAGAUCUCCGUCUCCACCGCCUCAAUACGACAACUUCGGUCGCCGAGUCAACACUCGAGAGUUCCGAUACCGCAAACGCCUGGAGGAUGAAAGACACAAGCUCAUUGAGAAGGCCAUGAAGACUAUUCCUAACUAUCACCCACCGUCUGACUACCGCCGACCAACCAAGACCCAAGAAAAGGUCUAUGUGCCAGUGAAUGACUAUCCCGAGAUUAACUUUAUUGGUCUACUCAUUGGACCUCGUGGUAACACGUUGAAGAAGAUGGAAAAUGAGUCUGGAGCCAAGAUUGCCAUUCGAGGCAAAGGCUCUGUCAAGGAAGGAAAGGGACGAUCUGACGCAGCGCACACCAGCAACCAGGAAGAAGACUUGCAUUGUCUCAUUAUGGCAGAUACCGAGGAAAAGGUCAACAAGGCCAAGAAAUUGAUCCACAAUGUCAUUGAGACCGCCGCAUCCAUCCCCGAAGGACAGAACGAGUUGAAGCGGAACCAACUUAGAGAACUUGCAGCCCUCAACGGAACCCUUCGCGACGAUGAGAAUCAAGCUUGCCAGAAUUGUGGGCAAAUCGGGCAUCGCAAAUAUGAUUGUCCAGAGCAGCGUAAUUUCACUGCCAACAUCAUUUGCCGAGUUUGUGGCAAUGCUGGCCACAUGGCCAGAGAUUGUCCAGACCGACAACGAGGUAGUGACAUGCGGAAUAAUGUUCCAGGUGGAUUCAACCAACGCCGUCUUGGUCCUUCUGAUGCUGUUGACCGAGAAAUGGAGAACCUCAUGCAAGAACUCUCAGGAAAUCCCUCGGGCGCGCCCGCUGGUCGUAUUGAAGCGGCGCCAGGCAGCUAUGAUCAAGGAGAUUCCUACGGCGGCGGCGGUGGCGGUGGCGAUACUCGACCAUGGGCCAGACAGCCGACUGGUGCCCCUGCUCCAUGGCAGCGGGAGCGACAAGACCGCGAUGCUGGCUCCUCGCUUCCACCUUGGCAGCAAGGCCGUCAAGCCGACUAUAGAUCUGCCCCAGGUCAGCACCAAGCCGCACCAUGGCAACAGCAAGCUCCUCCCCCACCUCCUGGACAGGGCUAUGGCUAUGGUGGUUAUCCUGGCUACGAUCAGCCACCAGCUUAUGGUGUUCCACCUCCUCCUGCCGCUCCUCCUGGGAUCAGCUCUUUCCUCCAGCAAUAUGGUCAAGCACCUCCUCCACCCCCUGAUGGAGCUGCGCCGCCACCACCACCGGAUGCGCAACCCCCUCCACCAAGCAACGAUUACGUUCCUCCCCCACCGCCACCAGCAUAAAGCGUGCACCAGUGCUUCACAAUGUGGUGCAGGCGGAACAUUUGCUUCGGUGGUACAUUGGCCAGGAGCAUGGAUGUUCGAAUGACAACAAACAACAACAAUGGCAAGGUGGUUUUCGUCGCUCGUUUUGGGGUUGUUGCUUUUCAGGAUCGGAGCUUGCUUCAUUUUGCUGUUCAGAAGGUUCAGGACUUGUCCUUUUACGAUGCUUUCACUGAAGGGGUAGCAAAGUACCGGGCAACCUGGACAUUUCAAGCAUAAGGUAAGGCAGGUUGCUUUUACAGUUUGUAGGUAGUACGGAAGCUAGGAAUAAAAAUUGCAUUGAAUGGAAUGCGAGAUGAGGU